AUGUCAUUAAAGCAUUCCAACAACGUCACUGUGUCCCAGUUACAGACAAGUUUUGCCGAGAUCCAAGCCGAGCUGAAAAAAGUACUCGACGGGAUCCACAACGGGCGCAUCCUUGAGAGUUUCGAUAUUCUGAGUAAAUUGACAGACGCCGUUGUGGUUAGUUGCGAGGCCCUGGGAUUGGCCUCAGAGCUGCCUGUGGUGGAGGCCUUUCGGAGGGACAAUUUUUGGCAAGGGCUAAACAAGUGCUGGCUGUUGGCUUUGCAGAAUGUGCACAAGGCGAGGUCAGAGGAGGACAGAUUGAGGGAGGAACAUAUUGUGCAUUUGAUGAACUCGGUUGUUCGGUGGGCUGAUGCUUUGGAUCGGUUUGGACUGGUCGAUUACGAGAUGGGGUUCUGGGAAGCCGAUAUCAUGGACUCACUAGAUGGUAUUCUGAAAAAUUUAAGAGCUCAGGCACUGCAAAACAUGUCCGACUGA